AUGAGCAUAUACAGCUUCCUGAUCGCCGUGCGGUCCGACGGGCAACAGCUCACCAACGAGUCCGGCGAAACCACCUCGCACCUGAUGGGCAUGUUCUACCGCACCCUGCGCAUGGUCGACAACGGGAUCAAGCCACUGUACGUGUUCGACGGGGCCCCUCCCAAACUCAAGUCCGGCGAACUCGCGAAACGAACGAUGCGCAAGGCCGAGGCCCAGGAGGCUGCCGAAGAGGCCAAGGAGACCGGCACCACGGAAGACGUAGAGAAGUUCUCGCGGCGGACGGUGCGGGUCACGAAGGAGCAUAAUGCAGAGUGUAAGCGGCUGCUGGGGCUGAUGGGGAUACCGUACCUGGAUGCGCCGACGGAGGCAGAGGCACAGUGUGCGGUGCUGGCGAAGGCAGGGAAAGUGUUUGGCGCUGCGUCGGAGGAUAUGGACACGCUGUGCUUUGCGGCGCCGGUGUUGCUGCGCCAUUUGACGUUUAGCGAGCAGCGGAAGGAACCUAUUCUGGAGAUCCAUCUGGAUAAAGUGCUCGAGGGCUUAGGGAUGGACAUGACGCAGUUCGUCGAUUUGUGUAUUCUGCUUGGGUGCGACUAUCUCGACCCGAUCCCCAAGGUCGGCCCCAACACCGCGUUGAAGAUGAUCCGCGACCACGGCACGCUCGAAAAGGUCGUCGAGGCCAUCCAGUCCGACCCGAAGAAGAAAUACGUCAUCCCCGACGACUGGCCGUACCUGCAGGCCCGCGAGCUCUUCUUCAACCCGGACGUGAGACCUGCCGACGCGCCCGAGUGCGACUUCAAGUGGUCUGCUCCGGACGUCGAAGGGUUGGUCCGGUUCCUGGUCGAGGAGAAGGGCUUUAGCGAGGACCGGGUGAGGAACGGGGCUGCUCGACUGACGAAGAACCUGAAGAGCGCCCAGCAGUCGCGGCUGGAAGGGUUCUUCAAGCCCGUGGCUAAGACGGAGGAGCAGAAGGCGAGUGCGAAGCGAAAGGCAGAGGAGAAGGCCGAGGCGGCGAAGAAGAAGAAAAAGGAGGACGCGAAGGCCAAGAGGGCGAUGACUGCGAAGCCUCGGGGCGCUGGAUAG